UUCCUGAUCGCCUUGUGGAUUUAAAACACAGGAGGGAGUGCUGCACGCUGUAGCCUUGUGGAGGUUUGCAGGUGUACUCAGUGAUGCUACAAAUCUGUUUUCCCAUCUGGUAACAACGUUAUCUGGAGUGCCAUGUGCAGGGAGGUGUUCCUGGGGUGUUGUAUGGGCAUGAGAGCUGCAGACUUUAUGAUCUGUGGUUUAUCGUCCUUCAAGGAAAUAAUGCCCAGGAUACUUUGUUAACAUGUAGCAUUGCUUGGAGAAAGACAUGUCUAGCCAGGAUCCUAUACAAAGUACUUCCUUAGUGCUGCCCUGCAGAUCCAUGAUGGGGCAGUGUGCUACUGAACUGUGCAGCUGUGCCUCUCUCAUGACCAUGGGCUGGUACUUGCAUGUAGAUAUGGAUGGGGGGCCCUGAACAGUCUGACCCGGCUUUGAAGUCAGCUGUGCUUUAAGCAUAUAUGUUCUGCAGCUCUGUGGUAUUCAGCAUUCCCUGACUAGGGAGCUGCAGUGUCAUGUUUCAUGUAUUCAGUACUACACGUCUUGUUUUAAUUUCAGGUUCUGUUUUGGCAUAAAAGUGAGAUUUGUGAGACUUCUCUAAGAUGUCUUACAGAAAGGAGCUAGAAAAAUACCGAGACCUGGAUGAAGACAAGAUCCUUGGAGCUCUGACAGAGGAGGAACUCAGGAAGUUAGAGAAUGAACUGGAAGAGCUGGAUCCUGAUAAUGCAUUGCUGCCAGCAGGGCUCAGGCAGCGAGAUCAGACGCAAAAGCCACCAACUGGCCCGUUCAAAAGGGAAGAACUCAUGGCUCACCUAGAAAAGCAGGCAAAGGAUGUUAAAGACAGAGAAGACUUGGUUCCUUUCACAGGUGAAAAAAGAGGAAAAGCUUGGAUCCCCAAGCAGAAGCCGAUGGAUCCUGUUUUGGAAAGUGUGACUCUGGAGCCGGAACUGGAGGAAGCCCUUGCUAAUGCCUCUGAUGCAGAACUCUGUGACAUUGCUGCCAUCCUUGGCAUGCACACCUUGAUGAGUAACCAGCAGUACUAUGAGGCACUGGGGAGCAGCACCAUCGUGAACAAAGAAGGGCUCAACAGUGUGAUUAAGCCCACACAGUACAAACCAGUUCCUGAUGAAGAACCAAACUCAACAGAUGUGGAGGAGACUCUGAAACUAAUACAGAACAAUGAUCCUGACCUUGAGGAAGUCAACCUUAACAAUAUUAUGAAUAUUCCCAUACCAACUUUAAAAGCUUUUGCAGAAGCGCUGAAAAAUAACACCUAUGUGAAGAAGUUCAGUAUAGUUGGGACACGGAGCAACGAUCCUGUUGCUUUUGCACUGGCAGAAAUGCUGAAGGUCAAUAACACGCUGAAGAGCCUGAAUGUGGAAUCAAACUUCAUUUCUGGGUCAGGGAUCCUGGCUGUCGUUGAAGCACUCCAGGGCAACACGUCGCUUGUAGAGCUGCGCAUCGACAACCAGAGCCAGCCCUUGGGCAACAAUGUUGAAAUGGAAAUUGCAAACAUGUUGGAAAAAAACACCUCCUUGCUGAAGUUUGGGUACCAUUUCACUCAGCAAGGUCCCCGACUUCGUGCCUCCAAUGCCAUGAUGAACAACAAUGACCUAGCUCGUAUUCAUCGGUGUGAUGGUUUCUGGCAAUAGCGUCUCAGCUCCACACCUGGACAAUUGAGGAAGAGAAGACUUGCAGAGUUGAAUGGGCCUAUUUUUCCCAAGUGCAGAACUGGAGUGUAGUUCCUGCUAUGGCGGUCAUUCCCGGUGAUCUGUGCUACACUGUGGAAAUGUAAAGGCAAUAAGUGCCUUGACAGAGUAUUUGUGGUGCCUCGGUUGUUUUAUGCACUAACAGUUUAUAUUAACUAGUGGCUGUAGUUGAAGAUUUUAUCCUGUAGGACUGUUAUGUUUUCUGUAGAGUUGGAAACUAUUCAAGCCAGUAACAACCUGCCAAUUUUAUGCAAUCUCAGUUUAGAGUACAUCCCAGUGUAAAAGUGACUCAUAAUUAACCUGGGACCUAAUUUUUCUAUAAACUUCCUGCACGGUGUUUCAUACAGCUAGGAUGUGGUAUGCAUGAGUGAAAGAUAAAACUAUUCCACACAAAUUAUAGAAGUAUUAAAAAAAAUACUUUAUUUUUUUUUCCAAAAUGUUCUCAACUAUAGAGGAACUAGUUUAAUAAGCACUUCAACUACCCAGAAACAUGGCUGAUUUCAAGAAUUGUUGAAUUACAAUUUUUACCAACAUUUGCUGAGUCAGUUGAAGAUGAUGUUUCAAAUGUAUCCCUGUUUCUUUGAAAAAAUUGAACUCUAUCCCCUGGUUAAAUGGAACUUAAAAGGCCACCAAUUAUAAAACAGUCUCAAAAACUGAGUGGUUUAAGAUGGGCUGAUAUCUUUCUGUCCUGUGCAUGUCUGAAGAAAAUUGUCACCUUCAGAGAUGCAAUGCAAAUCCUAACCCCACAGAGAUAGCCAAACUGAUUGGCAAACCAGAGCCCUCUCUUUCUGAUCCCCACUCCCUUCAGUCUCCUGAUGUUAAAAGCAUGUGUCCAGUUAUUCACUGGAAACAAGCCAGAUUCUCCACUGUUUUGUCUAGAUGACCAUUUCCAUUAUUUAAAUUUCAUGCUGCUAGGGAUUGUUUCUUUUACUGCCAUCUCUAAUGUCUGCAUAGAUGCAACAACAAAUGCUGUGCCCUAGAAAACCUGUUAAGUGAAACACCCCAACUCUGAACUUAUACUGUGUAUUGUCUGACAGGUUUUUGUCAGUCUACUACCCAUCCUCUAGUCUGGGAGGAAUUCCCCACAGGCUUGCGUAGCUCCCAGACAUGCAGUGGGUUGGACCCAGCAUUAUCCCAUCCAAAACUCCUGCUAUUAACGUGGGUGGGAUCCUGCUCAGUAGGCAGUCUCCUGGCAGAAGCAUUGCCACACUGAAGCUUUACUCUUGGUCUGACGAUGGCAUGUCCUAGAAAAUGUUCUCAAUUUCUAGAAAUCUGCCUGUACACAUCUGUUAAGAGUGAAGUUUUGCAGCCUUUUACACAUAUACCAGCAGAAGUCCCACAAAUUUCUUAAGAGCUUGUGUGCAAAUACCACCCACAAUUUAGCUCUGGCCAAUAAAGCAGAGAAACUCUAUACUUUCAGCAAUGUGGGAAACUGUUCUCUUCAAGUCUUAAUGCACCAGUGGUGUCAAAUAAAAUGCUUCACUAUAGUUUCUUCACCCAACCCUGCAAGUUUCAUAUCAAAAUAUGAAAAGAAUACAGAAGAAAAAUACUUGAAAACAUAUUAAAAAAAACCCAAAACUGGCAGAUAGCCUCUUUCUUCCAUAUGCACUGCAAAGACUUCAAAACAGUCAACUAAAUCAUCAGACCAAAGCCACAGAAUUUCAGCUGAGCCAUCCACUCAGAUUUGCAUGGUACAGGCUCAGCUCUUAUAUUGACUUCAGAAAUGUAAAUUAAUCUUACCCUGGGAAAUCCUGAUGGCACUAAGAAACUCAGACAUGGAAGGAGAUGCAGCUGCAGAGCAGGGCAUGCCACCACUACAACAGCAUUUUUUUCUGAAUGAAAAAAAAAUCCCUUAAAA